CUGCAAACCCACCUGUGCAGGAGCGAAAUCUUCACCACUCGGCUAGCCCCAGCAGACACGUGGUAGUGAGCCUAUUUCUGGACUGCUCCUUUCCUCCUUCGCCGUCGCCGUCCCCUCUCCACCCCAUCCAACCUCCGCCAAACUAUCAACUCCUCAGCCCACACACCACACCCCCUAGUCACCACAAUGACCGCCGUUACCAACCUCAUCGAAGCCUGCCAAUGGGGUAGUGUGGCCGACGUCACCGCUCUUCUCAACGCUGGAGCUGACCCCAACCAGAACCACAGCGAAGCCCUCUGGCGCGCCAUCGACGACGAAACCUACGACAUCCUCGAACUCCUCCUCGCGCGCGGCGCACAGCCCAACAUUGCCGACCCCCCUUACCAGAUGUCUAAGAUCUCCAAGAUGACCACCGAGCCCUCCUGGGUCAAGCGCAUGUACCAGAACCACGGCAGCCCGCUGCAGUACGCCUGCCUGCUCGGCGACAUUCGCGCAGUGCGGCUGCUGCUCGACGCCGGCGCCGACGUCAACGAGGCGAUGGGCUACUUCGGGAGCGCGAUGUGGAUCGCGUGCUGGCACGGGAAGAUGAAUGCGAAGAUGAGGGAGGUGCUGCAGAAGAUGUUGAGUGCGCGUGGAUCAAAGGAGCCCGAGCAGAUCGAGGAGCUGCAGGCGCCGUACCAGGUCAGGGACGUUGAGAGGCUGCCGACGAAUAUCUAUAUGAUGCAGCGUGUGGAUUCGUCCAAUGACGACACGGAGAAGGAGGAGGCUGAGCGGGUUCGAAGGGUACAGAAGUUGCAGAAAAUGUGAUAGAUGGGCGGCCCUGCUGUGGUCUGAUGGUUCUUUUUCUGCUGGGAUAGGAUCUGGAUGGAGGUUCUGACGGGCUACAGUACGGAAGCAAACGGCAACGAGAACACUUUUCGAACUACCGGAGCGAUUUGGAUUCAGAAAACGACGUCACAGUACGCAUGACUGUACUGAAGCAGACAACGUAUUUCAGCU